CUAGUAGUUAACGGGGAAACAAAAAAGUCGUCUGCAAGCAGUCCACGAACACAAGCUCGUGCUGUAACCGUUACAACUGCCCCACUUCACCGCAGCUGUUGGCCUUGAGGUGCAGCGCGACAUGAUGGCGUCUCAGGCUCGGUGUUUGCGACAAGGGUUGACAAAGCUUCAAACGCAAGUCUCAGUAGCAGCAAGAUGCCUUGGUACAAGUGCACAGCAGGUCAUCAGGGCCUCAAAGGAUGGACUACCAGAAAUGCCAGCAUGCAGUUUUAAACCAGCACCUUUCCAGGGAAUGGACUAUGAACAAGCAUAUGUGCGAAAGACAAACCUGGCGCCAGGUUUGCUGACUUUCUACAAGAAGCCAGUAUAUGUACAUCAAGGCUAUAUGCAGUAUUUGUGGGAUACAACAGGCAAGAGGUACCUUGACCUUAUUGCAGGGAUUGUCACUGUCAGCGUUGGACAUUGUCAUCCGAAAGUUGUGACAGCACUAGAGAAGCAGUCGAAGAAACUUUGGCAUACCACCAACAUUUACAUGUACCCUUCUGUCUAUGAGUAUGCAGAAAAGUUGGUUUCAAAGUUUCCUGGAAAUCUCAAGGUUGUGAUUUUUGCCAACAGUGGAUCUGAAGCCAAUGAUCUUGCCCUUCAUAUAGCUCGAUUGUACACGGGAGUAUUCGAAGCUGUAAGUCUCAGGCCAAUGAUGACCCAUGUAGUUCAACGGUCCUUGGGUGGUGGCGUCAAAUGCAGAGACUCACCUGGGCAGGGUGUCGGAGGAUCAGUACAGCUGCCUAAUGGAUACUUGAAAAAGGCAUAUGAGUUGAUUCGUGCUCGUGGAGGUCUCUGCAUUGCAGAUGAGGUGCAAACUGGGUUUGGAAGAAUGGGCUCCCACUUCUGGUUUGAAUCUCAAGGAGUAGUGCCAGAUAUUGUAACACUGGCUAAGGGAAUAGGUAAUGGAUUUCCCAUGGGUGCUGUGGUCACCACACCAGAAAUAGCAUCCGUACUUGGAGAGGCUCUGCACUUCAAUACUUUUGCUGGCAACCCUUUGGCAUCAGCUGUUGGUUCUGCAGUCCUUGAUGCGAUAGAGGAAGAUGGAACUCAGAAAAUUUGUGCUGAUGUUGGCACAUACUUUAUCAAUGAGUUGAUAAAACUAAGGGAUGAAUUUGAGGUGGUGGGUGAUGUCCGAGGCAAAGGACUUAUGAUUGGAAUGGAACUGGUUACAGAUAAGGAAUCGCGGAAGCCCUUGCCUGCAGAGGAUGUAGCAGCUAUUUGGGAGGACACUAAAGAUAUGGGAAUUUUAAUUGGCAAAGGAGGUCUGUAUGGAAAUUGUUUUAGAAUCAAGCCCCCGAUGUGCAUUACUAAAGCUGAUGCUGAUUUCGCCAUUGCCAUACUUCGCCGUGCACUGGAAAACUUCACCCAGAAGCGAUCUUCAUAAGUCUCGCCUUUUUAAAAUGCAUUUUUGAGCAGUUUUAUGUGCAGAAGAUUAAGAAGUGCCAGUGAAAUUGUGUGCUGUUUGUGAUGACUAUUUUGUGAAUAUGUGACUUCCACACGUGGGAGUUAGUGCGCUAAGAAAUCCUCAACAGACCUGGUUGUUGUCUUCUAUUGAGUAGAAAACAAGGCUACAUCACACUGAAGUAAUCCAGACAGAUGUGACGAUUAUUAUGUGAAAAAGAAUUUUGGGGAAUGUUGCGUGGGAUUUUGCAUUCCACCAGCUAUUUUUUUAUGUGACAGAAUGAAAACGUGUGCUGUUGACAUUGUCAUCAAAAACAGAAAGUAUAGAUCUGUCCACAUAUGUUGAAUUAUGUAACUAAGUCAUUGUUUAAUCCCCUUCAGCCUUUUUUCUUUUCUGUUUGCAUUGCUUAUAGUUUGUUAUUGACCCUUGUAUUCAGUUGUUACAGAUGCACUAUAUAUAUAUAUACUCCCGAUUUUGUAAUGUUUCCUUUUUAUGAUUUAAUUUCAGCAUAUGAAGAAAUGUGUUUUUCAAUAGCUGUGAUUCUGUUUCUCCCCAUGAAGUGUAAAAAUCAAACCUAAAAGGGAUCCAAAUGACAACAAUUUUCACUGGGAGCAUUGUGUGUGAUGGGAAACUGGCCUAAAUCUGAUGAAAGGAUAAACACACACUGUUAUUAGUCAAAUAAGCUCUUUAUGUGACAGUUGUUUCAAAAAUGACCUAAAUAAGAAGAUAUCUAAUACUGUUAUUUACUCCUGGACAUUCACAGUAAUGGUGCUUUGAUGAACAUGAUGUAACUUGAUGAGAAUAUUAAAGUCUUUAUCGUAGAAAGAAAUAGA